AUGUGUGAUUGUUUUACAUUUUCGAAAUACAAAAAAGACUAUAACAAUGUUGAAAGCUACGAGUUUAGUGAUCACUUUGAAAUAAGCAUUACGUCUGUCGAAUCACCUGGAGAUGGUCAAAUUAAUAUGAAUGGAAAUAUUAAGUUUUAUGACGAAAUAAUGUUUUGUUAUGGUCAAUUAUUGGAGAAUGAUGACUAUAAUUUGUGUAUACCCAUUGAAGGAAACCCUAAUAAUAUAAUUAAAGAGGAACUCCCAAAAUUGCUCAGUAAUGUAGGAUCUAGAGAAAACGUUAUAAAAUACGAAAAGAAACAUCCAAUUGUGAGAAAAGAGGUGGAUAACUUGAAGAAACCAAGUGAGAAGAAUCAAGAGUGUAUUCAAGAUCUAAUUGGAAGCUGGGAAAUAAUAAGCGAAGAAUCUGAUAAUAUGGAAGAAUUUUUACAAAAAAUUGGUGUUGGAAUGUUGAAACGAAAGGUUAUUAAUAAAGGUAACUAUACUUUAAAAGUUGAAUUGUUUGAUGAAAAGCUGCUUGCUAUUAAAAUCGAACCAUUUUUUGGGCCUACGCAAGUUAUGAAGUGGGAUUUAACAGGGCAAGUUUUCAUAGAAAAAAACUCUGAAGUUGGAAUAUGGAAGAAUAAAGUUGAGUUUAUUGAAUUUAAACACGAAAAAACCAAUAAUAAAUUUGUAACAGCAGUCUGUAUGACUCGUGAAAGUGAUAAUCUACGUGGUAAGGUUAUUGAAACAAGAUGGACACAACCUGGACGUGAAUACACUAAGAUUAAAUUUAUUAGAUAUAGGUAA